AUGGUUGCUGGCGUCAGCAACGCCCGCGCGUCCUCCGACAGGAAGAAGAAUGGAGAAGGGGGGCGAAUCGAUAAGCUACAGGAGUUCCCUGACAUAAUUAAUUCUGGUGCUCCUCUGUCACUCUCGAGGCUGUCCUGCGGGUUGAUUAGAAUGAAGGGCAUGGGGGUAUUUGCAAAAAGGCUGACCUGUGGGCCUACUAGUGCUCCUGUUUCGUACUCGUGCAGCUGCAGCGAAAAGACAACAGAGCCAUGGGUGCCGAGGGCGGGCACUGGUGGUCGGCAGAAGGCGCUGUGGAGGUGCUCGCUGCUGCCCGGCUCUACUUGCACGCCACCAGGUUCAGAAUUGGCAUGGACCUGGACGCCGCCGCCUUUGCAGCUGCUCCCCGUGUACAUAAUUUAUUUUGUAGAGGAAGAAUAUGGCACGGGAAUGAGUUUGCACCUACUGUUGGAUUCUUCCUUACUACCCACCCGUCUUAGCUUGAACAAUACAAUUUGGAUUCUUUUGGAGACUGGGAACAACUUUCAAGCUACUUGUCACAAAGUUUCAUUGAACGCCUUGAGCCAACUGGUGGAGAAAUUACAAUUGCAUUGGAGACAUCAUGGUUGGAUAGAGCUCCCCAAACAGAUAUGGAGAGAUGAUUGAUAGAACAACUUAGAGAAGACAAAUUUGCAAAGAAAGGGCUUGUACAGCCCGAGAGGAGAGGAUGCUAUUACACAACUAUCCCCGCUUCAGUUAAGCACAGAAACACUUCUGCGGAUGAGGCGGGUGUGGAGGUCGCAGAGGAGGAUGGGGACGUGCUCACGAAGCCCUAGAGAAACAUGAGCUCAUGGGUGCCGACCUCCAUCACCCCCCCUGAUGCUAUGCAGAGUGAAGGCGAAGAGCUAGCGGGGAGGACACCAACUGCCUCUUCAUAAAUUUACUCUGCGUCAUCGUUCAUGUGGACGAGGCCGGAAGAACCGAAGGUGUUGGCGGAAUUUGAGGAGGACGAGACGACAGGGAUGAUGAUGGCAUCAUUGUUGUUUGUAAUUGUGAGAGCAUCACGGUGGUGGGUACUGCGUGUGGGGGAGGAAGGAGGUGAGUCGGCUGGGUGCACUCCUACUGGUGCUAUCGAUGGCGGCACUAUGCUUCAGCCUUGUAGCGGCAAUGUUGGAGGCAACGAAUGGUAGUGUGCUAUUGCUGGCAUGGUUUAGAUUCUGCCAGCCACUGGGUGCACAACUAGGUGACAUUCCUGGAAGGGAUGUGCUACAUGCCCGACUGUGAUGACGAUCGCGUCUACUACGUAUGUUUCAUCACUGCAGCGGUUCGAGCACAUUGACCGAUUCAACCCCAAUGAUCACUAUGCCAAGCCCAACCUCGUCUUCUUCAUACUUGUGUGCCCUUUAGGGUCCCAUGUAUGUCUGGCACGAGUUGCAUAUAGGUUCAGUCAGCCUACAGCGUGCCUACGUGCACCAGUGUUGGAUUGGAGGAAGGUCAAGUUGUUCGAGAAAGCCCAACCAUGGGGAACAAGACACAUAAGGAGAGUGACCAAUGAGAGGAUGACCAUAACCAUUUUGGUGACCAAAAUUAUUUGGAGUUGAUGCUUUCUUUUCUUCUCUAUGCACAGAGUGUUUACUUUCUUGAGCUAUAGUUUUGGAUUGUCAGCAUUUGACCCAUGUUAAGGCAAAAAAAUUGUCCCAUGUUUUUGAAUACCCAUAGAUGAGCCCAGGCUCAUCUGCACCCGUGUUGAAGAGAAAAAACAAAACAAAUACUUGAAAAAAUAAAAAUAUAUGACUUAUUACAUGGUAGAUAGUUAGGUGCGUGAGGUCCACUCCACUUUUCAGAUCAUUUGGACAUCUGAGUAGAUCUCGGCAAAAAAAGACAAAUUUGGGUCUGUAAAAAAGUUUACUGUUCUGGCCCUAUUUUGUCUUUUUUACUGAGAGCUACUAGAUGUCUAAAUUAUCUAGAAGUUGGAGCGGACCUCACGCAGUAAAGUAUCUACCAUGCAAAAAAUGGGAUCUUUUUGAAUUUGUUAUGAUUUGUUUCUUGACCGGGUGCAGAUGAGUCUGAGCAUCAAACCACUGCACUUCCAUGUUUCUUGCUAUAUCAUAUCAAGCAAAAUUCAUGGUAUCUACAAGUAUAUCAUAUAUUUUUAUGUUGAUGAAAUCAUAACUUUUGAAGGUGUAGAUCAGUAGAGGACUUCUUGAAAAGGUUGAUCAUUACUCUCAUUCACUUUACAAUUUCUGUCAUAAGACGCAUGCUUCACUUUUCAGUUUGACCCCCUACAAAAUAUUGUAGGGUGAAUAAAUUCACCCCCUAAAAUAAUAUUGUAGGGUGAAUAAAUUCCAAAAAGUAUGUGGCACAAUCACUGGAAUUAUGGUGUUAUGAGUCAUUUAAAAAACACGUCAAUUAAGAAUUAUACAUAUUUAUACCUCUAACAGGGAAGCAUGUAUUAUAUUUGUGCUGCUAAGAUUCGGUCUUCCUAUCCCCGCAAAAGAAAAA